UCGGGAUCGCGCCGCGUCACAGUUAUUGACGGGUCUGCUAGUCUGUCAGUGAUGGUGUGCCGAGACUCGCGGACAGUGUACAGUGAUAUCAUGUUCGUGGCUCAGUGUUCACACCCCUACCUUCACACUUCACCGGGCACAUGAUCACCACUCCUGCACAUCUCUUCCCGCAAGACCACAUUACACCCUGUCGUCUCUUGUAAUCUCGCUGUCUCUACGACAACACUGGUAUGAUGUGUUAGAAAUUGGUACUCCAUUCGUAGUAAGGUGAAAAUGUAGACUACCGACUUGCGGAAAAAUGACUGGAAAAAUAUUCUGAACCGUCUUUUGCCACUUUUCUGAAAGUAUGAGAAAGUUGUAUUUUAACAUUGAAGAUUCUUUAAUGUGUGAUCAUUUUGUGAACAUUAUUUUAAAAUUUUUAAUCGAAAAUUAGAAAUUUAAUUUGAAGAAAAAUUAAGAGAUUAGGAAUAAUGAGUGUGAAUUAUUAUGUUUCUUUGAUACUGCUGUACUGGUUGGGGAGGACGGUGAGGUCCAGCGAGGAGCAGACCGUGCCGCCUCUGAGGUACGAUGCUCCUGACGACUGCCAGUGGUGGGUGAGAGACAGUGCCAGUAGUAAUACUGCCGGUGAUGAAGUGGCCUUGUACUGUAAGCUUAGGACUAUUAACAGUGAGUUCGAUACCACCAACUUCAGUGUCAUCCCCUCCGAGCACACGACAUCCCUCAAAAUAGAGUGUAACGAAAGUAUGUUAUCAAAAAGUUCCCUGGACGAUCGAAGUUUUGCUCACCUGACGAGGCUGAGAGAGUUGAUCCUAGAGAGUUGUAAAUUGGGAAAGUGGCCGUCCGGUGUACUCGCUGGUCUGCGAGAUUUGCGUAACCUCACGGUGAGGACCCGGAACACCGAUUGGCCGACUAUGAGUCUGGAGAUAGCGGCCGAUAGCUUCUCACCCGUCCGUCAAUUAGAGAGGCUCGACUUGAGCUCCAAUAAUAUAUGGUCCUUUCCCGAUAACGUGUUCUGCCCCAUGACUAAUCUGGUGUCUCUCAACGUCAGCCGGAACCGUCUGCAGGACGUGGGUGACCUCGGGUUCCGAGAGAAGACGCCGCCUCCGCAACCUCUGAUCAGUACCCAGGACGAGGCCACGGACCCCGGGCCGGACGGCAGGCCGGCGCCCGUACCCUGCACGAUGGACAUCCAGACACUCGACACCUCGUGGAACCACUUCGUGCUGAUGCCAAACAACGGGUUCAGCGCGCUGCGGCGUCUCAAGGAGCUGUACAUCCACGACAACGAGAUCGCGAUGGUAUCGGAGAGAGCUCUAGCGGGAUUAAAGGUGCUGCAAAUAUUUAAUUUGUCUAAUAAUAAAGUAGUAGCUCUUCCGUCCGAAUUGUUCCGAGAUUGUGCUGACGUCGUUAAAGAGAUCUAUCUUCAAAACAAUUCCAUAAGUGUUCUUUCUCCUGGAUUGUUUGCGGAGUUAAAUCAGUUAUUAGCCCUUGAUUUGUCAAGAAAUCAUCUAACGAGUGCUUGGAUAAAUGGAGGAACAUUCUCAGGUUUGAUUAGACUUGUACUUUUGAAUUUAUCUCAUAACAGAAUAACAAAAUUAGACCCUACUUUAUUCCACGAUCUAUACACACUGCAAAUAUUAAAUUUAGAACAUAACCUUCUUGAAACUAUACCUUCUAAUACAUUCACACCUAUGAAUAAUCUUCAUACAUUAGAUUUGUCGUACAACAAAUUCACGUAUCUGGAUGCCUAUGCUCUUAACGGGUUGUAUGUAUUAAGCUUGAUUUCACUGGACAAUAACAUAUUGGAAGGUAUACACCCAGAUGCAUUCAGAAAUUGUACAGGUUUGCAAGAAUUAAACCUAAGUGGAAAUCAACUCAAAUCAGUACCUUUAGCCCUCAGGGAUUUAAGAAUAUUGAGAACGGUUGACCUAGGAGAAAAUUUAAUUACUUCAUUGGAUGAUCCAGGGUUUCACGGAAUGACUAAUCUGUAUGGUUUGAGAUUGAUAGGUAAUCAACUUACAAAUAUUAGCAAAGAUACGUUCUCAGAUUUACCAUCCCUACAAAUAUUGAAUCUAGCAAGAAACAAAAUUAGUAAAGUUGAAAAUGGAGCAUUUGAUUCAAACACAAAUCUUCAAGCAAUCCGUCUUGACGCCAACCUCUUGACAGAUAUAAAUGGCCUUUUUACGGAAGUUUCCAGUCUACUGUGGCUUAACAUUUCCGAUAAUCGUUUAGAAUGGUUUGACUACGCACUAUUUCCCAGAGGUUUGCAAUGGAUCGAUCUGCACAAAAAUUUUGUUUCUGAACUGGGUAACCAUUAUGGCUUAGAGUCCGAAUUGAAGAUUCAGACACUAGACGCAAGUUUCAAUAAACUUACAAAAGUAACAGCGUCUUCAAUUCCUAACAGUGUAGAGCUAUUAUUCCUAAAUGACAACCUGAUAACAGAUGUCGAUGCUCAUGCUUUUGUAAAAAAGGUAAAUUUAACCAGAGUCGAUCUAUAUGCAAAUCAAAUAGUAGGGAUGAAUCUGAGUGCGUUGCUGUUGUCGCCAGUGAGCCCGGACAGGCUAUUGCCGGAGUUUUACAUCGGUGGAAAUCCUUUCCAAUGCGAUUGUGGAAUGGAGUGGCUACAACGGAUCAAUACACUGGACCAUAGAACCCACCCACGUGUCAUGGACCUGGAGAGUAUUUAUUGUAAACUACUGUACAAUCGGGACAGAAUGUACGUGCCACUGAUUGAAGCAGAACCAUCUCAGUUCCUAUGUGCGUACAAAACACACUGUUUCGCUCUAUGUACGUGUUGCGACUUCGACGCCUGUGAUUGUGAAAUGAUAUGCCCGACUAACUGUACGUGUUAUUUUGACGGUUCCUGGUCUGCCAAUAUAGUUGAUUGCGCGGGAUCCGGUUACACACAGAUGCCCAGUAGAAUUCCGAUGGACGCCACUGAGGUUUAUAUAGACGGCAAUAACUUCGGUGAGUUGACCAGUCACUCUUUUCUAGGAAGAAAAAACUUGAAAAUACUCUACGCAAACAAUUCAAAUAUAGCCGCUAUAUACAACCAUACGUUUAGUGGACUGAAAAGAUUGACAGUGCUUCACCUAGAACACAACCAUAUAAAGGAGUUGCUGGGUUUCGAGUUAACGAGUUUGGAAAACCUGAGAGAAGUUUACCUACAAGGGAAUAAAAUACAUUUUAUAGACAAUAGAACUUUUAUUGGAUUACAACAACUCGAGGUUCUACGGCUCGACGGCAACAGACUUACAAAGUUCGCAGUGUGGCAAUUCUCCUCCAAUCCCUACCUCGUAGAAAUAGGUUUGUCAGGAAACCAAUGGUCCUGUGACUGUAAGUAUCUACAAGACUUCAGAUCAUGGUUUACCGAUAACUUCGCUAAAAUCGUAGAUGCAAAUAAUUUAUAUUGUGUUAUUAAUAACAGGACAAACCUAAUGGGACCUCCUAUUAAAGACCUGAACGGUACGUACUGCGCGACUUAUAUAAGUGGAUCCAGAGGCAUGGUAGGACGUUACGUAAUUAACGACUAUAUCCCUUUCCUUUUCUUGACUUUUUGCGCUUUUGUCGCUUCCAUUGUCUUAGUGUGUGGACUGUUUUUCUAUCGAAGAGAACUGAGAGUGUGGAUUUACUCCCGAUGUGGACUGAGGAUGUGUUACAAGUCGACUCCUUUCGAAGAAGAGCAGGACCGCGACCGUUUAUUCGACGCGUACGUAAGUUACAGUGUCAAAGACGAUGCGUUCGUUUCGCAGAUGUUAGCACCUGGACUGGAGUCGGGGGAUCCAGCUUUCAGAUUGUGUCUGCAUUACAGAGACUUUAACGUCAGCGCUUACGUAGCCGAUACUAUCGUGGAGGCAGUGGAGUCUUCCAGAAGGACUAUAGUAGUGUUAUCGAAGAACUUUUUACAUUCGGAAUGGUGCCGGUUCGAAUUUAAAUCUGCGCUGCACGAAGUGUUAAAAGACCGUCGCCGAAGAAUGAUAGUAAUUCUCUUAGGAGAUAUUCCUCAGAGGGACCUCGACCCCGACCUGCGGUUGUACCUCAAGACGAGCACGUGUAUCGAGUGGGGAGAUCGUCUCUUCUGGCAGAAGCUCAGGUUCGCCAUGCCUGACCUCCGAAAGACUGGGACGUCCCGCCGACUGCCGAGACCUCCUCCUCCUCUCUACGAGCACAGCUCUUCACUUCCUCCUCCUCCACAACCGCCACCGGGGAAACUUCUUCCUCCCUUUCUUCAUCAUCCGUCAAACCUGCAAGUUGCCUCACACCGAGACUCGACCAGACGGAUGACUCAACCGUUGUGGGCGUAGCGCAUCCUGUACCAUCACAGGGGAUGGAACGAGGGUCCAGUAUUUCUAGAAGGGAUUCCUCAUUGCGUCGUUGGACCACCGCAUCCUCUCCACUACUAGUCUUCUGCUCUAGCGCGUCACGGCGGCCGCUUGAGGAACUACUAAACGCUGUAACGGAUCCUGACCCUGUUCAAUCUAUGCCACGAGUAAUCAAACUAUAAUUAUCUACUCAUUGCUGGUGUAUUAUUGGGUGAUUAAGUGCACACAAUGACACUUAAUGUGCUGUUUAAACGAUUUAGUUCAGUGGAUCAUCAUUCUGUCCAUAUAAAAUGCCAAAGAUUGAUUUUAACUGUUGCUUGUUUACGAUCUAUUUAUUUAUAUUUUUAUACGAGUGUAUCAAUAUAAACGAUUCAUUCCAUGUUCAAACUACUCGUAUAUGUAGCAUGCAACGUGUCGUUUAAUCUAGUAACUGGUUUCCUAAAAAGGUAUAAAUUUUAUUUAACUUCAUAAUUACAAUUUGUGCGGUUUUAAUUAUAUUUAGUUAAUUUAUAUUAAUAAUUUUUAAUAAGUAAUUUUUACAUGAAAAUAGUUAUUUGUAUAAAAUAACUACUGCAAACACCUUGAGAAAAUUAUCACUAUUUCUUUUUAGAGUAAGUUUACAUGAAUCAUUAUUUGAAUACCUUUGUAAUCGUGUUAGUUUAUCGAUGUUUCUAGUCAUUUUCAUUAAUGUAUAUAGUUUCAAUUGAGCUUUAGUGAUUUUUUUAGUGUUAAGAGAAAUAAAAUUUUAUGAAGACCUAUUUUUAUGUAAGUAAUACAAAUUGUAAUUUCAUUAAAUGAUCAAUAUGUUUAUUUUGUUUAAUUUCAAUAAUCAACGAUGGACCUUAUAUAUUCCAGAAAUAUUUAUUUCUGCUUGCUCUAAAAUUUAUUAAAUCAGGGAUGUGUUUGUAAUCAAUGAGAUUAUUAUGAUCUUUUAAGCUACUUCUAUCAAAGACAGUUUUGAAGUUGACAUUUACUGAUGAGUUUUGAGUAUUUUAUACAGAACGGAGUUGCAUUUUGAAUGAAAUAUGUGAAGGCACUGCUGGUCCAAUAUUAGUAAAAUUUACUAGCUCGAAUACACUGAUAUUCAAAGUAAAUAAUUAUCAAAAUGUAGCAAUGGCAGUUGUAUUGGUUCGGAAUUUACAACUUACACAAUUUCGCAAAUUACACUGCUCUUGAUAUGAACAUUUCUGACACCUCCAUCAUGUAUAAACUGUACAAAAUAAGAAUAACACACGUAAAAAAUAGACUAACAUUAAAAAAUAUAGUAUACAAAAUAGCAUUAUCUGCACUUUAAAUACAUUCAAACCUCCAACCGCAAGCAAUAAUCAUUGCACAAAACGAAGCACGAAUAAGUAAGAAUACAAAUCAACAUCUGUGAAAAUGGGAUGGGUCCAUUCUUUUUUGUGAAAUUCAAGGUAUAUUGAACGGAAAGAAUAACGAAAUAUCGAAUAUUCUGCAAAUAAUAAUCAAACAAUGUUCAUUAACGAAAUUUUAAAAUAUGCCUACUCAUCUAUGAAGGAUACAAAAUUUAAUAAUGUGUCUAGGAUAGUUAGGAGAUACUACACAUUCGUAUUACAAAAUUAAAAAUAAAAACAUUAAUUGACUCUUAUUGGAUGGUAAGAAAAAUUAAGAAGCAUAAAGUGUGUAAUAUUGAAACAUAAGUUGCUGCGAAUGUUGUCUACUCUGUUAAAUUUAACAGUGCAAUAAACAAUUCAAAAUUUACCAAUAAAAUUUUUAAAAUGUUUGUCCUAAAAUAUUCAAUGAGAGGACAAUGGUGUUAUUUUCAAAGGAAAAGUGUCAAAGGAAAAGAGUAUAAGAAAUACCACAAAAUCUAUACUCUUUUUGGCUAGGCAUAACCUUAGGAUAGAUAACUUAAUAAAUUGACAUAUAUAACCAUGAAAACACAAUUUACAAUGCACGACGUCUAUUUAAUUACAAACGCUUUUUGGUGAAGAGGCAAAUUAGUGUUCAAUAUUUAAUUAAUUAUUAAAUUUAGUUAAAAAUGUAACAUCUUCUGAUUAAACAUAAUUUACAUUCCGCUAAAAAUAAACGUACUAUUAAUAAUUGAAAAGUAUUGAACAUUCCUUUGGACUACAUGAUACUGUGUAAUAAAUUAAAAACAUAUGUUUUUUAAUUAUACAGUAACACAUAUUGGUAGAAAUAUCUAACAAAGAAAUAUUUAUUCAAAAACUGUUUUCUUUCGGGAAAUUGUUAUAUAUAACGAAUGAUCCAAAUUCUAACGUUAGUCAAACAAGUUUGGAACACUAGGUUUAUAGAGAACAAAGAAUAUGAGUGUUUAAAAAAGUAACUUAACCAUGUGAUAAAUGGUUUGUAGGUUAACUAAAAUUACAAAACGUUUAGUCACUAUUCUGAAUGAAAUGUAACUAUGGAAUAAAUAAUUGCACAAAUUAUCCUAUAAAACGUUACUUUACAUUGUAGGAAGCAACUAUAAAGUAUGUAUUAGACAUAUAAAAAUAUCAUUAUAAUUGUGUUGUUUACUUUAUCGCACUCGCGUUUCUGAGAAAAUACAAACAUUACAAUUUUCAAAGUUUCUCUAGCAGUGUCAACACUAGUUUUCAUAUUCAUUACUACGCAUAUUAUUAAUUACAUAUUUAUUACUAAUAGCACACGAGUAAUAAUUAUAAUUAAAUUGUUAAUCUAGUAAUUGGUGCUAUAAUAAAGGUCAUAUAUAAUUGACUGUAUGUAUUGAAACGUUCCUUCAAUUAAUAAAAUGGUGCACAGUUAUGUUCAUUUAAUGGUUGUCUUUGUUUAAAAUAAAUAUGUUCGUAAAAAUCUGGUUAUUGUUGACUUGUACUUUCUGUUAAUUUAUCUUAUCCUAUGGGUAAAUGAACCUAAUUCAAAAAAUUUAUAUUUGACGCAAUUAGUUCUCUAGUCACCGAAAAAUGUAUUGCUUUCCAAAUUGGAAUCGAUCAAAAUGAGGUUUAAGACUUUUUAGCGAGGCUGAGUUUGGCAUUUGGCCGCAGCAAGGUAAAUUAUAACGGUCGUUAAGAGAAGUACCAAUUGCUUGAAAUGGGGUGUAAACGAAUGAGUAAAGUAUUAUUAUUCAAAAAUAACCAACUUCAAUGACAAAAAUCUCCAAAUUUAGUAUUUGCAGUUAAAUUAUACCUAUAUGUGUUAAGACUUUUAUGAAUAAGUUGUAGUUUAUUUGUAAACAUUGAAAAUUUAGUUAAAUUUAUAAGACUGUCUAAAUCAAUACAAUGACGUUUACGGCCACGUUAUAAUCGUAUACCAGAAAACAUUGAUUUUUUGGCUAAAAGUGGGUUCAU